AUGGCUUCAUCUCCGGGCUUAAAUUUUCUUAUUGCUAAAUAUCUUCGUGGAUUACCAAAUAAAAAUCUUGCUAAUGAUUUUAUACAAACACUUGAACAAAAUAAUCUUUUGCCGUCUACACGCAAUUGGAAUGGUGUUGAACGCCAAAUAUUGUUUUCAGAAUUAGAACAACAAUAUUCUUAUGUUCCCGAUGAUCAUUUAUUACAUUUAUUAGAAAAUGUUAUGUCUUAUGUUGAACAAGGAAUUGGUAAACGUUUUGGUUCAUUAUCAACAUUUCUUCUUCAAAUGGAUCCAACUUGUUUUCUUGAAAAUAAACAAAAAAAAUCAUCCAAUCGUAAAUAUAAUAUGUUUACAACAGCAUAUCAUCCAUGUAAAUAUUUAUCAAAUCCAACAAAUCAUAAUAUGCAAAUACUUUUACGUGAACGAGAAUAUUUUGGUCGAACAUUAUCUGUUAAACACUUACCAUCAAGUGAUCUAUAUCAACGAAUGAAUAUGAGAUUGAAAGUUAUUGCUCAUAAAGCAUCCGUUUAUUGUAUUGCAUUUGAUCGUACAGGAACUUAUGCAUUAUCCGGUGCUGAUGAUUUUCUUCUUAAAAUGUGGCAUGUACGUACAGGCCGUUUAUUAGCAACAUUUCGUGGUCAUUCAAAAGAAAUUUGUGAUAUUGAUAUUAAUUUUGAAAAUACACUUGUUGCUAGUGCAAGUCUUGAUAAAAAAGUGCGAGUUUGGAAUUUAAAAACAACUAAAAUGGAAUGUGUUCUACAUGGACAUCAAAGUGGAAUUAAUGCAACAAAAUUUUCACCAUUUUGUAAAACAGAUGAUCGAUGGUUAGCAUCUGUUGGACAUGAUGGAAGUAUUUGUUUUUGGAAAUAUCGUAUUGGAACAACAGAUUUCGAACCUCGACCAAUCAAAUUUGUUGAAAAAAGUCGCGCCGGUGCACAAAUGCUUUGUUUAUCAUUUAGUCCAGGUGGUUAUUUUGUGGCUGCUGGCAGUAGUGAUUCUGUUAUUCGAGUUUAUUCAUUUCAUACUUAUUCACCAUUAAAAAUUUGUGAACUAGAUCGACAUACAAGUGUUGUUGAAACAAUAUGUUAUUCACAUUUAAGUAAUUCAUUUAUUUCUGGUAGUAAAGAUGGUACCGCUCGUAUUUGGCGUUAUGAACAACAAUCAUGGAGAGCUAUUGUUCUUAAUUACUAUGAUGAUGCGGAUAAAAAUAAUAAUGAUUCAAAUAAUCAUUCAACAAGCGUAAGUAAUAAAAUAAUUCCUGUCACAAUUGUUUCAUGGUCCUGUACUGAUCGACAUGUUGCUACUGCAUAUGAGAAUGGUCUUAUCAAAGUUUGGGAACCUAAUCAAGGAACAUUACUUAACGAACUUAAAAAACAUGAGAAAACCGUUUUCGUACUUGAAUGUCAUCCAACAAAUGAACGUUUAUUAUGUUCUGCAGGACAUGAUGGAUUAUUAGUUAUUUGGGAUAUGAUUGAUGGUCGAGUUAUAAAGUUUUUUCUUAAUGAUCAAUAUAUUGAUAUUCCAUGUUCAAUACCAUAUUCAGAAGCAAAAUGGUCUCCUCAUUGUGAUGUUAUAUGUACAACAGAUCUUUGUGGUCAAAUAUGUUUUUUUGGUCUUGGUACUGAUACACGAUAUAAUCAAACUCAAAUCGAACAAUUUUUUCAUAAUGAUUUACGCCCAUUAACUCGUGAUAGCAAUGAUAAUGUACUUGAUGAACAACAACAUAUUCCACCACAUUUAUUACCACCACCAUAUCUUAUUGAUGAUCAUGGGCAUGCUUAUUCAUAUGAUAUACAAAGACAUGUACCAGGAAGAGAAAAUUAUUCACAAAAUGAUAAUACAGCUACAGUUGUUAAUCAUGAAUAUUUAGAAGAUCUUAUUAUUGCUGAACCAAUGACAACUCCAGCAAUGACAAGUACAUUUAUGACAAGAAAAUUUGAAUUCUUUUUUUUUUUGUUUAGACAUAGUGAAAGUAUUCGAGAUGCUAGAUAUGAUGAUGAACGAAUUACUUAUGAAAGAGAAUAUUUGAAAAAAGCUGAUCAUAGAGAUUUGUAUAAUUCAUCACCAAUAAAGAAACGUACAACACGUAAUGUUGUUAAAAUGCGUCAAGAAGAACUUCUUAAAAAAGUUCCACAUAAUGUUGAAGUUGCAAUUAAUCGUCUGACAACUCGAGCAUUAUAUGAUUCUGAUAAGGAUGAUAAAACUGAUCUAUCCGAUGAUCAAUAUUCACCAAAUGCAACUGUACCACUUGGUGAUAGUGAAAUGAGUGGUGGUGGUGAUGAUGAUAGUGUAUCAACAGAUGAAGAUCUUGUUGUAACAACAACACGAACCACUGGUAUAGUGACACGUACAGGACAACAAAGACGUAUACAAAGACAUCGAAAUUUAUCACCUGAUGAAGAUGAUGAUGAUGACGAUGAUGAUAAAGAUAAACGUGAACAUGAAAAUCGUCAAGUACAAGAAGCUAAAACACAACAUCGUCGACGAAAUAAAUUAAAACGUUUAAAAAAACGACGUGAACAAGUUAAAACUAAAAAAGAAGAAUUUGAAAAUAAACAUGAACUUGAAUUAAAUUAUUCACCAGAUUUUAAACCACCAGAUUGGUUAACACGUACAAUUGCAAAAUGUUCACCAUAUAUACCACAAAUCGGUGAUAUUGUUAUGUAUUUUAUACAAGGUCAUGAAUUAUAUAUUAAUGAAGUUAAAGAUAAAAAAAUGUAUGAAAUUGAUGAAAAAACUUUACCAUGGAAUAAAUGUGAAUCACUUGAUGCUGUUGAAUGUGCUACAGUAAUUGGUGUAUCUGUAAGUUUUUCUGAUAAACAACCACCGCGUGUAAUUAAUGUUCGACUUCAAUUAUUAAAUCCUGAUACACUUGAAGCCACAUCACGAAGAAUAAGUGUUAAAUUUCAUGAUGUUGAUGGUAUUGCUGAUUUUAUUAUAUUAAAACAACAUUAUGAUCACGCUUUACAGCGAGAAUGGAAAACUGGUGAUCAUUUUCGAUGUUUUAUUGAUGAUACAUGGUGGCCAGGAACAAUUGUUAAACGUGAACCAUUUGAUCUUCGUCAUGAAAAUAGUCCUUUUCAAUGUUAUAUUAUUCGAUGGGAUAAUGGUGAAAAUGAAGAACGACUGAGUCCAUGGGAUAUUUUCGAAUGUGAUGAUUCAUCUUGUGAAUCAAACCUCAUGAAAAUGCCAUCUUAUCAACCAGCAGCAGAUGAAUGGCCAUUACAUGGUGUUGAUAAUGAACGUGAACGUUUAUUAAAAGGAAUCGAUACACUUAUGCAAAUGGAUGUAACUGAACAAUUUCGAGCACCGGUUCAACUAGCUUGGUAUCCAGUUGUUAUUGCUUAUCCAAUUGAUCUUGGUACAAUUCGAGAACGUAUAUCCAAUGGUUAUUAUCGUCGAUCAAAUGCUCUUAAAUGGGAUGUAAAAAAAAUGGAAGAAAAUGCAAAAAAUUUUAAUGAAAAAGGAAGUCAAAUUAUUGAACAAGUUAAAAUUGUAACGAAAGUUUUAUUGAAAUAUAUCGGUGAUUAUAAUUGUAAUGAUAUAAAUUUAAUCUAUCAACGUGCAUUACAUUCAGAACAAAUUUCAUUACCUAUUUCAUCAUCAUGGAAUGAAGAAUGGCUUGAUGAUUGUCAAACAAUACUUAAUGAUAUAUUAUCUCAACCUGGAAGUGAUUUAUUACGUUAUCCAAUUGAUGAAAAUGAAUAUCCCGAUUAUGAAAGAAUAAUAAAAACACCAAUUUGUUUUGAUGAUAUACAAGCAAAACUUAAUCAAACACCUUGUGGAUAUAGACAUUCAAGAGAAUUUAUUGCUGAUUGUCAUUUAAUAUUUCAAAAUGCUUUAACAUAUGCUGAUCCAGAGAUGAUUAAUGUUGUCAGACAUUUGGGACCAUGGUUUGAUCGACGUGUUGCUAUAUUUGAUCGUCGACAACGUCGAACAAAUCAUCAAUAUAAUACUGAAAUGACAACGCGACGACGAGAUUUACAAAACUCAUCAACGGAUGAAAAUAAUAUUUAUACAACAGGUGAUGCACCAGCAACAACAACAACAGCAACAACAACAACAGCAAUAACAACAGCAACAACAACGACGACAACAAGCUCAAGUAGUCGACAAAAUCGACGAACACAAUUUUCUCCAACAACUCUAACAACUGAUCGUCGUCAUUCUCAUUUUAAUCGUUUAUCCACAAUAAAUAAUCAUUCAGUAACAUCCCAACAACAAAAUUCUGACGAUGAUGACAUGGAUGAUAAUGAAUCAGUAUCAACACAAAGUACUCAACCCAUAUCGUUAACAUCAUUUAUUCCCACAACAACCAAUGAUCAUAAUACCGGUGCUAAUUUAUCAUUACGUCAAACACGACAACGUAUGACUACGAAUGGAAAUAAUAGUACAUGGCAAACACGAACACGAUAUAGUACAAGAUCAACAGCUUCAAAUAGAAAUCAUAAUGAUGAUUAUGAUAAUCGUUCACAACAACAAAAUUUAUCAGCAUCUGAUGAUGAUAAUGAUAAUGAUAUAUCAUCGAAUAGUAAAAGAAAUCGUAUUGAACGUAGUGAUAGAAGAAUAACUUCAAUUAAUCGACCUAAUUAUAAAAUAGACAGUGAUGAACAUGAAGAUGAUGAUGAUGAUGAUGAUAAUAAUAAUAAUAAUAAUAAUAAUAAUAAUAAUAAUCAACAAAAAAUGACUAAAACAAAUACAACAAAUGAUAAUCAAGAAGAUACUGAACCAAUGGAAAAAGAUAAUGAUAAAUCAAAAGAGAAAAAUGAUGAUGAAGAUUAUGAACCACCAGUAUCUCAUGAUGAUGAAGAUGAAGACGAAGAACAUAAUGAUUUAAUAUCUCCACGUCAAAAAGAUGAUGAUGAUGAUUCGGAUUCGGAUUAUCAAUUGAAUGAACCAAGUCAACAUCGUCGUACAACUACAAAUGGUAAUCGAGUACGUAAAUUACGUAGUACAACAAAUCGUCCAUCACCACCAUUACCAAAUCAAAAUAAUAAACGAAAACGUUCAAUUGUUCGUACACGUACAUCAUCAGAAUCUGAUUCAACAGAUUCAAAUGUAAAUAUAACAUAUAAAACUCGAACUCGUACACGACGACGUGUAACAGUAAAUCGAAAAUCUUCAUUUGCUGAAGAUUUAUCUGAUGAAGAACAAGAUGAAGAAGAAGAUGAAAAUCGCCGACGACCACGUACUACUCAAGCAACACGAGUAUCAAAACGUGGUCGUGUACUUAAACAACGUUUAUUAAGUGAAUAA